AGCCCCCAGGAGAGUACAGGUUUCUUCAUUGUAUUACCUGAGAGCUUUGAAGUAGAACAUGCCAUCAACAUGGACUUUUUCUUUUCCUCUUCCAGUUCAGCUUAUGAUACCAAAACAAGACAGAAGGUGGCAGUGAAAAAGCUUUCAAGGCCUUUUCAGUCACUUAUCCAUGCACGGAGGACCUACCGAGAGCUUCGGUUGCUUAAGCACAUGAAGCAUGAGAAUGUUAUAGGAUUGCUAGAUGUUUUUACACCUGCAACAUCAAUAGAAAAUUUUAACGAAGUGUAUCUUGUGACAAAUUUAAUGGGUGCUGACCUGAAUAACAUUGUGAAGUGCCAGAAGUUAACAGAUGAUCAUAUACAGUUUCUCAUCUAUCAGUUACUUCGAGGUCUUAAGUAUAUUCACUCAGCUGGAAUCAUCCACCGGGACCUGAAGCCCAGCAACCUAGCCGUAAAUGAAGACUGUGAAUUGAGGAUUUUAGACUUUGGUUUAGCUCGACAAACUGAUGAUGAAAUGACUGGAUAUGUUGCAACAAGAUGGUACAGAGCUCCAGAAAUUAUGUUAAAUUGGAUGCACUACAAUCAAACAGUUGACAUAUGGUCGGUCGGAUGUAUCAUGGCAGAGCUAUUGAAAGGGAAGGCUCUAUUUCCAGGAAAUGAUUAUAUCGAUCAACUAAAGAGAAUAAUGGAAGUUGUGGGCACACCCAGUUCUGAACUUCUGAAGAAGAUAUCAUCAGAACAUGCAAGAAAAUAUAUCGAAUCUCUUCCACAUAUGCCUCAACAGGAUUUGAAAGCAGUAUUUCGUGGUGCCAAUCCAUUAGCUGUAGAUCUUCUUGAGAAGAUGCUUAUAUUAGACAGUGAUAAAAGAAUUACUGCCUCGGAAGCGCUUGCACAUCCAUACUUUGUCCAGUAUCACGAUCCGGAUGAUGAACCUGAGGCCGAGCUGUACGACGAGUCAAUAGAGAAUAAGGAGCGAACCAUAGAUGAAUGGAAAGAACUUACCUAUGAAGAAGUGAUUAGCUUUAAACCACCCGACUUGAAAAUGGACAGCCUGGAGAUAGAACAGUGAACACAGGCAGCUCUGUCUUGCCUUGCUGCACUAUGAAGACUGUUAAAAUAUAACCAUCCAAUUUAGCCUGUGGUCAGAUGUAGAUUUUACUAUCCAAAGAUGUUGGAGAAGAUGUGGAAAAGAAGAUGAAUUAAACAGAAGCCAGAUGUUAUCUGUUUUGGUGGGAGUUUUUUUGCCUUGUAAUAUGAAUGUAUUCCCAGCUCACAAGGGGUGGUAAAGAACUGCUUCAUUCUGACAAAAUUAUGCACUGAGUUUUGUCAAGCUGUGUGGUCUGCAUGUUUCAUUUUAUCAGUUGUACUGCCAAAAUAAAGGUGAUCUCAUAAAUUAAUUUUAAAAUUGUACAUUUAAAGCAUGAAUGUAUACAAACAUAAACAUAGAGGUCCAUACAAGCAAUCCUUUUUUGUUCCGGCAUUUUAUCUGUUUGUUUUCAUACUAUUCAUAGUUAGUGCCUUUAUAAUGAGAGGGCGUGGUAGCAAGAUAGACAGAAUAUGCCUAUGUAGUCACAUCUGUGGUGGUCUUACACAUUUACUGGAUGUCUCUCAAGCAAUCUUAACACCAGUUGAAAGUCAGUAAAAAUAAAUCUUUGUCUUCUCUUGCCAUCCAAGUGUCUGUUUUCAUUAUUUUCCCCAUAUACUUUUCCAAUCUACACAAUACCCAUUUCUGAGAUGAUUUUACUUCCUGAUGGUAUUUCUAACGUUGCCAUCACCAGAGUGCUGGUGAAUUUGCCUGAGUUUACAGGAAGGUACCUUGAAGGUAUUGUGACAGAGCUCUGUAGACUUGAGCAAGCUUCAGUAAAGGCUGUCACAGAUGGCAGUGCAAGAGUACUCAGUUCAGUUCACAGCUUUGAAUUAAAUAUUUCGCAUGGUCUUAUUUUUCUUCACAUAAUCCUUGGGAAAAAAUUGCCAUUGGAAGACAUGACAAAACAAGGAAAUUUAAGAAUUUGACACGCUCUCAUUGGAGUUUCUUUUUAAGCAAAAAUUAAAAGGCUUUCCAGCUCUGAAAAGUUGGAAAAUUAAAUAAUAAAUUGCAGGAUACACCAGAUACCAAGAUUUCUUAAAGAAUUAAACUUACCUAAUUUUUCUGUUGAAGGCAUAAUACUGUAGCAGGAACAUCCUUUUGUCGCAAGGCCUCUUGUGCUGUACUGGCUGUGUCUUUCUACACACUUGUGGUCCACAGUUGUUCAGUGUUGUUCAUUUUUGUGUUUCACUCUUGCUCUGUCAGAGUCUUAUUUUGGAGGUGGCUUUUUAUAAUAUUUAGGUUUUCUGAAACUUUUGUCAUUAAUAUUCAAUUGUAUAGCUCUUACAUGAGGUAAUGAAUUCUACUGCAUUAACUUACCUUCCUCUGUAUCUUUUCUAUGUA